UAAUCCAGACCCACAUGGUCGCCUCUCCGCGUCCAGCAUGUCCAAGUCUGGAGUUAAAGUAAUACAAAACGGUAGCAUGAGUAAAGUUACAGCGAAGAAAAGAAACGUGGAGGAGGACGAGGAGCAGCUCCCCAUGUUUGACAAAAGGGCUGAUGAGGCAGGCCAUCUUGAUGAUAGUGAUGAGGGGAAUGAAGAUCUCUCAGACAGUGAGGAGAGUGUCUUCUCUGGCCUUGAAGACUCAGGAAGUGAUGAUGAUGAUGACGACGACGACGAUGAGGAGGAGGAGGAGGGAGAAGAAGAAGAUGACUGUGACGAUGACGAAGUUGUAACAGAUUCUGCGAAAGAUGAAACAAAUGUUAGUGGAACUGGGAAAAGUACAAAAAAAAACAGUGAAACCAGCCUCAAACCUCAGGCUGAGGACAAAACUGCUAAGGUCACAAAGCUGAGGAAGAAAAAGAAUGUGCCUGCUGAGGGAGAGGGAGAAGAGAAGAGUGUGAAGUUAGGCACAAACAGUGGGCUGAAGAUAUCUUCUCAGGUGGACGAGUAUGAGCAGGAUACAUCAGAUGAAGAGGACAUUCGCAACACGGUGGGCAACAUUCCAAUGGAAUGGUACAAAGAUUAUCCCCACAUUGGCUAUGACCUGGACGGCAAGAAAAUCUUCAAGCCAAUCAGGAGUAAGGAUGAACUAGACGAAUUCCUGGACAAGAUGGAGAAUCCUGAUUACUGGCGCACUGUCCACGACAAAAUGACUGGCACGGACGUCCGUCUGUCCGACGAGCAGGUGGAUCUGGUUCACCGUCUGCAGCAGGGCAAAUUCGGUGACGUCAACUUUAAUGAGUAUGAGCCUUCAAUUGACUUCUUCUCCAGUGAAGUGAUGAUCCACCCGGUGACCAACAGGCCUGAGGACAAACGCAGCUUCAUUCCCUCUCUGAUUGAGAAGGAGAAGGUUGGGAAGUUGGUUCAUGCCAUAAAGAUGGGCUGGAUCAAGCCACACAGACCCAAGGAGACAGCACCCCAGUACUACGACCUGUGGGCACAGGAGGACCCCAACACCAUUCUGGGGCGCCACAAAAUGCACAUCCCUGCCCCCAAGAUGAGACUGCCAGGUCACGAGGAGUCCUACAAUCCUCCUCCAGAGUACCUGCUCACUGAGGAAGAGAGACUGGCAUGGGAGCAGCAAGACCCUGAAGAUCGGAGAUUGAGCUUCCUGCCCCAGAAGUAUUCUUGCUUGCGUGCAGUGCCAGCCUUCUCGCGCUUCAUCCAUGAGAGGUUUGAGCGCUGCCUUGACCUGUACCUGUGCCCCCGACAGCGCAAAAUGAGGGUGAAUGUGAACCCAGAGGACCUGAUCCCUAAGCUGCCCAAACCUAAAGACCUGCAGCCCUUCCCCACCACUCAGUCUCUGGUGUACCAUGGCCACACCAGUCUUGUGCGCUCUAUCAGUGUCUCCCCCAGUGGCCAGUGGCUGGUAUCAGGCUCAGAUGACUGCACAGUGCGAUUCUGGGAGGUAAGCACGGCACGCUGCCUGAAGACAGUGGAGGUGAGCAGAGCUGUGAAAAGCGUGGCAUGGAGUCCAAAUCCAGCAGUGUGUCUGGUUGCCAUCAGCUAUGGGGAGACUGUAGUGCUGCUAAACCCUGGGCUGGGAGAUAAGUUCAUCUGCAGUGCAACGGAUCAGCUCAUCUCCUCCUAUGAGGAGCCAGAAGAGAACAAAGAACAGUCAGUGCAGUGGACAGUCGCUGAGGGCAGUGAUCAUGAGCAUGGCCAGAGGCUCAUUCUGAAACACCCCAAGGCUGUGAGACAGGUAACUUGGCAUGGCAAAGGUGACUAUCUGGCCUGCGUCAUGCCUGAUGACAACAGCAAUCUCCAGGUGGUGAUCCACCAGGUGAGCAAGCGACGCACACAGAACCCCUUCCGCAAGAACAAGGGCAUGGUGCAGUGUGUCUCCUUCCACCCCAUUCGCCCUUACUUCUUCGUGGCUACACAGCGCUAUGUGCGAGUCUACAACCUCAUCAAACAAGAGCUCACAAAGAAGCUCAUGGCCAACUGCAAGUGGAUCUCCAGCAUGGCUGUUCACCCAGGAGGUGACAACGUGAUCUGUGGCAGCUAUGACUGUCGGCUUGCCUGGUUCGAUCUGGAUCUGUCCACAAAGCCUUACAAAAUGCUCCGGCAUCACAAGAAGGCUCUUAGGGGCGUGGCUUACCACAAGCACUACCCCCUGUUUGCCUCAGGGUCAGAUGAUGGCAGUGUCAUUGUCUGUCAUGGAAUGGUCUAUAAUGACCUGUUGCAGAAUCCUCUCAUCGUUCCAGUUAAAGUUCUGAAGGGUCAUGCCAUCACUCAUGACCUGGGGGUGCUCGAUGUGGCUUUCCACCCCAGUCAACCCUGGGUCUUCUCCUCAGGGGCCGAUGGGACAGUCCGUCUCUUUACCUAGUCAGCCCUCAUCAGUCUCGCCAGUAGCUUAGCAUCUUCAUCUGGACGUACUGUCUUCACUCACCACGAAAAUUUUGACUGAUUUAUGUGAUUUUUUUUUUUUUGUCUUGACCCUCAGAAUUUUGAGGGCAUCUAAGUCUUGACACUUCCAGUAACAGGAAUAUCAACAAAAUGGAAGACUCAAGUGCCUAAUAUAACCUUGUUUUUGAAAUAAUGUACAUUGUCUCACUUUUGUUUUGUUUUUUUAUUAUUCUAUUAAAUGCAAAAGAGAGAAAAAACAAGCAUGGGCCAGAGCACGGUAGAACCUGCUCUACAGCAUAAUGCAGAAACAGGUUUGAUUUUCACCACCACCUCUUGAAACCAUGAUUGUUCCGGAAGACCCUUUUCCGUACUGGGCCACAUGGCAAAUCGAACCUAACCGCUAAUCCUUGGACGAGCAGACAGCUGGUGAAAAAACAUAUUAUUCGACUUUCAACUAUGUCAAAAGGAAACUGUAGAGAACAAAGUGGCUGUUAGUUUCAGCAAAGUCGUUUUACACUUCUGUCCUACAAUUAAACCUGAGCUUGUUUUCAUUCUGAGCUUGAUCCGGCAUUCCAGCCGUUUGCCAGUAUCCGUGACUAGGCAUGCUACCUUGUGUCAUUUCUUAAGAUGUUGAGUUGUGAAACCUUGACCGCAUAUAUUUCUGAGAACCGUUAUUUUUAAUUAAAGCUGGUGUUCCUUGAA